UUCAUAGAGACUACUGGUUUUAUAUAUUUUUGUGACCUGCCACACAACCAUCAUUAAUGUGAUUCCGCUAGAUAUAUAUAUGAUGUUCCUAAAAAUCCAAAUCUUGAGACCCACCGAUCAAUGUUAGCUCUUGGCACAAUCAUGAAUCAUGAUGUAAUUGGGCAAACUCCCGCCAAUCGGCCUAUAUAUAUAGAUUAUAGAAGACCAUCGCCGACCCAGUGAAAAUAGUCAAACAGAAAUAGACCGACUUAUUUUAUUAUCUAUCCUUAAAAAUCCCCAAUUCUAAAAACCCUAAUCAACAACGCCAAAAUCAAACUUCAAUCGCUGCGAUCCGAUCAUGAAGCGUGCUGCCGACGAUGGUCUAUCGAAACCCGAUGCCUCCAAGAAGCCGGUCUUCCUCACUAGAGCUCAGCGCGAGGAACUAGCCCUGAAGCGCAGGGAGGAAGAAAUCGCCGAACAAAAACGCCGUGCCGAGCUUGUUCUCCAAUCCAAUCGCGCUUCCUCCGGCGACGCGUCAUCCAAACCUCCUUCCUCCUCCGACCGCGAUAGGGACAGAGACAGAGAUAGGGAAAGAGACCACCGGAGGGAGAGGGAGCGUGAGCGGGAGAGAGAAAGGGAGCGGGAGCGGGAGUACCGAGAUUCCGAGCGACGGAACAGGGAAAAGGAGCGUGAGGAAGAUUUGAAGGCCAGGGAGCAGAAGACCAGAGAUAGAGAGCGUGAGAAGGAGCUGGAAUUGAUUAAGGAUCAGUACUUGGGAACCAAGAAGCCGAAGAAGCGGGUAAUUAAGCCUAGUGAGAAGUUUAGGUUUUCUUUUGACUGGGAGAAUACUGAAGACACUUCCCGGGAUAUGAAUGUUCUUUACCAAAACCCUCACGAGGCUCGUUUGCUUUUUGGACGGGGAUUUCGUGCUGGGAUGGAUAGGAGGGAGCAGAAGAAGCUCGCCGCCAAGAACGAGAAGGAGACAAGGGAUGAAAUUAGGAAGAAAGAUGGCGUAGAAGAGUCUCCACUUGAGGCUGCUAGGCAGCAGAAGUUGGAAAUCGAUGCUGAUUUGUACGAUGCCUUUGAUAUGAGGGUUGACAGGCACUGGACUGAGAAGAAGCUUGAGGAAAUGACUGAAAGGGAUUGGAGAAUUUUCAGGGAGGAUUUCAAUAUUUCUUACAAGGGUUCUCGGAUUCCAAGGCCUAUGAGAUAUUGGAGUGAGAGUAAGCUGAGUUCUGAGUUGCUCAAGGCUGUGGAACGGGCUGGGUACAAGGAACCGUCUCCCAUCCAGAAGGCUGCUAUACCUCUUGGCCUUCAGCAGCGAGAUGUCAUUGGCAUCGCUGAAACUGGUUCGGGUAAGACUGCUGCUUUUGUUCUUCCUAUGUUGACUUAUAUUUCUAGGCUUCCCCCUAUGAGUGAGGAAAAUGAAGCUGAGGGGCCAUAUGCUGUUGUGAUGGCUCCUACCCGUGAGCUUGCCCAGCAGAUUGAGGAUGAGACUGUCAAAUUUGCUCACUAUUUGGGCAUUAAAGUUGUUUCCAUUGUUGGGGGUCAGUCCAUAGAAGAGCAGGGAUUUAGGGUAAGGCAAGGGUGUGAGGUGGUCAUUGCUACUCCAGGUCGUCUCUUGGAUUGUUUAGAAAGGCGUUAUGUUGUUUUGAAUCAGUGCAAUUAUGUUGUUCUUGAUGAAGCUGAUCGAAUGAUUGAUAUGGGGUUUGAACCACAAGUUGUGGGCGUUUUAGAUGCGAUGCCUUCGAGUAAUAUGAAACCUGAGAAUGAGGAUGAAGAACUUGAUGAGAAGAGAAUUUAUAGAACUACUUAUAUGUUUAGCGCUACCAUGCCCCCUGCUGUUGAGCGACUGGCUAGGAAGUAUCUAAGGAAUCCUGUUGUUGUCACUAUUGGAACUGCAGGCAAGACAACUGAUCUUAUCACCCAGCAUGUUAUGAUGGUGAAGGAAUCAGAGAAACCAUACAGGUUACAGAAAUUGCUUGAUGACCUCGGGGAUAAGACUGCUAUAGUGUUUGUCAACACGAAGAAAAAUGCUGAUACAGUUGCGAAGAAUCUGGACAAGGCUAAUUAUCGUGUUACCACUUUGCAUGGUGGAAAGUCCCAAGAACAGAGAGAGAUCAGUCUUGAAGGUUUUAGGACGAAGAGAUAUAAUGUUUUGGUCGCAACAGAUGUAGUUGGACGUGGAAUUGAUAUACCUGAUGUGGCUCAUGUGAUUAACUAUGAGAUGCCAGGUAGUAUUGAAGCAUACACCCAUCGUAUUGGACGAACUGGUCGUGCUGGGAAGACUGGUGUGGCGACUACUUUCUUGACCCUUAGCGACUCUGACGUUUUCUAUGAUCUCAAGCAAAUGCUCCUUCAAAGUAAUAGUCCUGUGCCUCCGGAACUUGCUAGGCACGAGGCAUCAAAAUUCAAGCCUGGCUCAAUCCCUGACCGACCUCCUAGAAGGAACGACACUGUGUUUGCUCAUUAAAUUUAGUGUCUUAUAAUCAGAUUGCUAGCAGGAUUAAACUUCGCUGCGACGAAGACUCUUUUUGUUGCAAAUGGUGAUUUUGUUUGUCAAACUUAGCGCGGAAUAUGUUUAUGAUUGCCCAUUACAAUGGAAGAGUUUCAGAAAUUGUCUACCGCAAUGGAACAGUCCAUUUAGCUGUUAUAAUUUGUAAUACAUUUGCAGGAUUUACUUUGAUGUUUCACAAGUUACCCUCUACUUCUGAUCACUCCUCUUACCCUUACAAUUCAACAUAUCUUUGCUGAUAUCAGCU